ACCUAAAGGCGCCUUUACACAUGAUUUGCACUCUUUGGCAACAUUUUUUCAAUUUUCACUUUUAAUUAAUUUUAUUAUUGUUAUGUGAUUGUGAAUCAUUUACAAGUGUAUAAUUAAGUUAUUUAUCAAAUUAGUUUAAAUAUAUAUUACGGAAAAAUAUAUUAAUUAAUUUAUAUUCACCUGUCAAUACUCGUGGAUGCGUGUAAUGGUUACAAGUACAAUGUUUACAUCUUUUACAUAAAUUUUUUACAUAUUUACAACGUUUACAUGCAUGUUUUAUAUUAACAAAUAUAGAAAGAAGAUCAAAUUUCAAAGAUUAUACAAAGUAAAUUUAGUGCUUGUUUGUUUAAAAAAAAGUUGAAAAUGGAGUUGACAAAAGUGUUGGAAGUAUUAACGAAUCCAAACAUAAAAAAGGAAAAUCCCAGUGAAGAAUGUAUUUUGCAGGCAAUAAUAAAAGAGGCCGAUUCCCUCUUGUCAGACGAGUUUCGAAAUGAAAUAAAAAAUAUAAAUCCAGAAAAUAGUUUAAUUAAACAGUACCUGUACAUAAUUUUAUUUAUUCUGAGGGAAUUGGAAAAAAUGGAUUUAGGAACAGAAGAAAAUAUGCUCAGCGUCAGUCAAUAUCAAACAAUUAAAAAAUCGAUUGGUUUCGCAACAUCAAUCGGCAUAAUUUCUUGUCUGAUACCAGGAAUCGGAAUGGAAAAUUCACAAGUCAGUGAGUCAAGAUUAAUUGAAUUGAGCCAAGAAACUUUAUCAAUCAUGCAGAAAUAUGAACGAUUGUGUGAUACGUCGAAAAUAUUUUCAAAUUGUUUUUCCAAUUUAUGUUUACGUCCAGUAUUACUUCCUUAUCUUGGUUCAUUGUUCGCGGCACUAUUACAAUUAUCUUUUGCUCCAUUAAUGAAACCGAAAACUGAAGAUUCUUUAAAAAAUUCAAAAGCUGAUGAUUUUAAAAUGACAAAUGAAUUGUAUUUGAAAUUAAAGAGCGAGCAACUGGAAUUUCAAUCGAUAUUGAGAAAAUUAAUCGAUGCAUGUCCUCAGUGUGAAAUUAUGAAAGAAUUCAUGAUUUUGCAUGGUACGAAGAAAUCGCCAAAAUGGUUACGAGAGAAUGUUAGAAAUUUUCUGGCUGAAAUAAUUAUUCAACCUUAUGGAGUUAUAUCAUUGAUACAAGCGAUUUGCGAGGAUACUGAGGAUUCUGGUAAUUGGCAAAAAUUAGAUAUUGUUGCUAAAUUAAUAUCCAUUACGCAUGGCAAUAAUCCUGAGGAAUAUUACAAGUCAAUUUGUUCUCAGUUACUAGAGAUUUUAAUGGCUAAAAAUUUAAAAUAUGGUACAACUAUCGCAAAUUCUUGCAUGGCCGCAUUGUACGAAGUGAAUCCGGAAAUUUGUAGAAGAAAAAUAUUUCACGUACUGGCGGAACCGUUUUUAGUAAAACCCAACAAUCGAGAAGAAAUUUUGAAAAGUGAAGAAGAAGUAUCAAAGUGUAUAGAGAUACUUUCGAAGUGUUUUCUCAGCAGCGAAGCAGAAUUUAAAACAUUACCAAUAAAAUUACUUUUUGAGAUAGCUCUUCCUUUAUUUCACUUACAUAUGAAGGCGUCUAAAAGUGUAUCUCAUUGUCGCGCAAAAGUCCGGCAAUUAUUAUUAAAAAUUCUCGAAAAUGAAACAACGAGAGAAACCAUAUUUUCUCUAUUCCUCGAACACGAGAUUUCCAACACCCAAAUGAAUCAAAAUUUCGGCAAUAAAUUAUCCUUCGAAUUUGGAUCAACCGGUGGUUUUCAUAUAACCGGCAAAGAAUUUAUACCAAAUCACGAAGAAAUUGCCAAUUGUCUCUUCGAUCUUGUACAAUCAAAUGAAAUUCUCGCCAGUUCUUUAUUCAAUCAUCUAUUAAAAUUCUUGGCAAAAUUUCAAAGGACAACAAAUACCAAUUUACUCGAGACCGAUUCCGAUCUAAUGGAGAGAGUGACAAAACAAUUGUCAACUGUACAACUUAUUUCGAAUCUUGCAAAUACGAAAACAAUUCAAGAAGCUCAGAUUAAACGGCCAAAACCACUUUUAUCGUUUAUUCAAUCAAUUUGCAAUGAGACGAAAAGUGAGAACAAGGAUGAUGACAGUUUUGAUAUGUUAUACACUGGUUUGAUGUUGGUAAAAAUAAUAUUAACCGACAGGGGAAAACCACAGGACUGGCAACCCUUUGAUGAGUUUAGUCAAUUUUUAGAAGGGGUGAAAAAAUUGAAUAAAAUAUCUGAACACGCUAAAAAUUUAAUGAACGAAAUUAUCAAUAUUAUUAAAUUGCGUUCUAGUUCGCAAAAGUUUUACGAUAUGUCAGUCGAUCCCAAUCGGGAGAGUGAGUUUGAUAAGGCCUUAAAAGAUCUCACUGAUCCCAUGCUUCCGGUUCGUGGUCAUGGAAUCAUUGCAUUAACGAAAUUAAUCGAGAAUUCUAAUUCUGAAGCAAUCGCUAAGAAAGAUGUUAUCUUUUAUUUAUUUCAGGAAAAUCUCAAACAUGAAGAUUCCUUUAUCUAUUUAGCAACAAUCAAUGGAGUUUGUUCACUAGCAAUUCAUUUUCCGCAAAAAGUUCUUGAAAUUCUUGUUCAGGAAUUUAUUGAUAUGCCACAGAGAACAAGUACAGGUGAAAUUGCACCGGAAACGAGAGCGAAACUUGGAGAAAUAUUGGUGAAGACCACCAGAGCUUUAGGUGAAAUGGCACCAGCGUACAAAACACUAUUAGUCAAUGCCUUUUUAUGCGGAACACGAGAUUCGGAUCCUCUUGUUCGUUCCUCCAGUCUCUCCUGCCUUGGGGAAUUAUGCAAAGUUCUUGGUUUUAAAGUUGGAAAUCUGAUAACUGAAAUUCUUUAUUGCAUUGGUUGUAUAAUAAAAACUGAUAAGGAUCAUCAGUGUAGAAGGGCAGGUGUUAUGGUGGCGACACUUUUGCUGAGAGGACUCGGAAAAGAUAUGCUGACGAGUUUAGGAAAUGAUCUUGUGAUAUUAUAUCGUGGUCUCAUACACUUGAGGGACAAUGAUGACGAUUCUGUUUUACGAUUACACGCUCAAUUGGCCCUUGAAGAAUUUGACGAUGUUGUACAAAAUGUUCUAUUCGCCAAGCCAAAACUCGAAAAAAGUAUAUUUUUGCUCCGCUGAAAGAAUUAUAUUAAAAAAGGAAAAAAAAAACCGAAAGCAAACGUAUAAUCGCUGUGGUUGUGGAGUCGACAAGGGUGAAGGUCUAGGCGUGACUGCUCGCAAAAUAAAUUCCUUGCUCGAGGGUUCAGA